AUGCAGAUGCUUCCAUUAGCAGCUUAUAGCAUCCAGCGAUGCACGGUAUGCACGGUACCAGGUGCUUGUUUAUAUAUUCCGAAAGCACUGGCAUCCGGACGAUGGUGGCCUCAACCACUGCGAGAUAUAUAUUACUGCCGCAGUAGUAUGUUCUCUUGUUUUACCGAUGUAAGGAAGCUGGAGAAUUCUAAUUCUUCUAAAGAAAUGGAACAGAUAACAGCCGCUAAUGGUGCAACCAUCUUUACUUCUACACAAAGCGAAGCAACACUUCCGGAUAUUAUUGGCUCCAAAUCAUCUUUCCCUGAAUUAUCAUUCGAAACAGCAGCACCUGUCUAUGCUAAGCCACGUGGAACUGGCAAAAAUAUUUAUAAGACAGAAAUUGGUGAAGAUGGACAGCUUGUAGCGAACUACGUUUUAUUCGAAGAUUCGAUGAAGAAAGCAAAAGUAGUAUGGCAGACAUAUGCAGGAAUGACAACUGAGGAACGUGACAUUUACAUGGCCCAUUUAAAGGCUAUCCGAGAACGACGACUGUCCUACAAUGAUCCAAAAAAAGGUUUUUUGGUAAUGACUGUAUCGCAGCAUUUGUUAAGAGGGAAAUGUUGUGGUAGUGGUUGUCGUCAUUGUCCUUACCAACAUGAAAAUGCUGCGUUACAAAUUAAGAAAUCAAAAGUAUGGAAUGGUGCAUUCUACAUACACGAACUGAGUCGACACCGAACUCGACCGCCCAGUACGGGCAUUGAACGACGUACACGACUACUGGUUGUCGACAAUUCAGCACUUGGUAAAGAGGCCAAUACAUCUGGUAAAUUAGCCUACUGCAUCGAUGUUUACAAACCAGGUGGACGAAAGAAGCAUAUGCCCCAUGCCACACUUGGUGACAAGAUCUUGGUUGCAAUACGAGGAGAGAUGAAACAGGCGUUUGUGGUGGGAGCUAAAAUAGAUGUAAACUAUCGAAAACAUGGAAUACCUUCAACGGAUACCAACAACAUCGUACUUCUUGAUGAUGAAGGAAAUCCUCUUGGAACUCGUGUGCUCAUGCCAAUUCCAGCAAUCCUUCAACGAAAACGAGCAAAUUUACAAUUUUCAAAAAUAUUAUCGAUUGCUACGAAAUACUUCUAA